AUGGAUGUGCUUAAGGAAGCUCUAGCCGAUGCGAAUGAUCGCCACGAAUGGCAGCGAAAAGAAACUAACGACCGCCACGAGCGACAACUGAAGGAAGCUAGUUACCGCUUCACAGACUUCUCGAAGUUUGCUCUCAAGCUGUCGACUGACGUGCUCACCAAGUCAACUCCAGUUUUAAAGCGGACGAGGGACGCGUUGGAAGAAAGCACAACUCUCGCCUACGGAUGCAGGGCUCGUCUUACAACGAGACACAAUACUGCCAUGAUUGAUUUUGUGAAAGAUUCUCCGAGACAUAUUCGAAGACAAGUGGUGGACGCGAUCGAGCCACGUAUUCUUCGGUCAGUGAAUAAUAUCAUGAGCAUCUCCGAAACCAAGACCGUCGCCAGUCCUGAAGUUGCCGAUAAGCUAUCCAAAAGCGUAAUCAAGCACACCAAGAGCGCGUGGAAGGAAAACGGGAGAACGUUCGCGAGCAAGGUAAAAAAAAAACGCCAGCGGGUGCGCAAGUAA